ACAUUGCGGGAGGAAAGUGUAGUCAGUUUCCAGAUAUAUAGAUAGAGAAUAUGGAAUCUUGCUAGUAUAAUUAUCUGUACGCUUUAAUUUCAGUACUAUUGCAUUUGUUCAAUAUAUAAAGAGAGAAGGGACGGUGUAAUUUAGAACCAUUGUCCUGUAAAGAGAGAGAGAGAGAGAGAGCAGACAUGGGAAGAGGGAGAGUGGUUCUGGAGAGAAUUGAGAACAAGAUCAACCGCCAAGUAACAUUCUCAAAGCGAAGGAGUGGAUUGCUGAAGAAAGCUUUCGAGCUUUGUGUGUUAUGCGAUGCAGAAGUUGCCCUUAUCAUCUUCUCUAGCCGUGGCAAGGUUUUCCAGUAUAGCAGCACUGACUUGAACAAAAUCAUCGAGAGAUAUCGACAAUGUCGUUACAACAAGUCAAUGGUUGCUGGCGAUUCAAUAGAACACGAAUCUCAGGGCAUAUACCAGGAGUUCUUAAAAUUAAGAGCGAAAUAUGAAUCACUUGAGCGGAAGCAAAGGCAUUUUCAAGGAGAAGAUCUUGAGCCACUUAGCUUGAAAGAAUUACAAAGCCUUGAGGAACGACUAGACACAACGCUCUCACUAGCUCGACAGCAACAAAUGAAAAAGCUCAUGGCUAGAGCCGAUGAAUUACGUGAAAAGGUGUACAAUUUAGAGGAGAUAAACAAACAAUUGAAGCAUGAGAUUUUAGAACCAGGAAGUUGCUUCAAAGAGGAAAGCAAUCAACAGAAGAACAAAGGAUAGUAAGAGCGAUCUUAGUAAAACAAUAAUUGGCUGUUGUGAAUUCUCAUUUAUGUAUUCAUAAAAUACUUCUCGCAAGAACUUGUUGAAUGCAUAUAUAUAUAUAUAGUGGCGGAACUAAAAAUUUUAGGAAGCCUAGACAAAUUUUAUGAUUA